AUGUCGUUUCGUGGAAGAGGAGGUGGCGGCGGUCGAGGUGGAUAUGGUGGCGGCGGCGGUGGAGGAGGAGGACGUGGUUUUGGAGGACGGGGAGGCGGCGGAGGUCGAGGCGGGUUCGGUGGCCGCGGCGGAGGUGGUCGUGGACGAGGUGGCGGUGGCGGUGGAGGCUAUCGGCAACAAGAUCAAGGCCCACCAGAGUCUGUCAUCCCUCUAGGACACUACGGCUGGACCGUACAAGACGAUUUAAUAUGCAAAGUGGACAUCGAAGAUGUGCCAUAUUUUAACGCGCCUAUUUUCCUUGAAAACAAGGAACAGAUCGGUAAGAUCGAUGAAAUAUUUGGAAAUUUAAGAGACUACUUCGUAUCUGUGAAAAUGGGGGACAAUUUCAAAGCAAACAGUUUUAAGGAAGGCCAACAGUUCUUCAUUGACCCCGCGAAGUUGUUGCCUCUCAAGAGAUUCUUGCCUCAGCCACCCGGAUCUGGAAGAAGAGGCGUUGGCGGACGUGGAGGUGGGAGAGGAGGUGGUGGAAGAGGUGGCAGAGGUGGUGGAUUUGGACGUGGCGGCGGAGGUGGCUUUAAUAGAGGAGGCGGAGGAUUCAACCGGGGAGGCGGUGGCCGAGGAGGUUUCGGUCGCGGUGGAGGCGGCGGAGGCUUCAACAGAGGCGGUGGAGGUUUCAGAGGUGGACGUGGUGGUCGAUAG